AUGUGGAUCUCGCAUCGAACUCAGUCGAUGUUGGUGGCAUCGCUCCUGAUUCAGUGUCUCAGAUUCGUCCUGUUGGUCGAUGCGACUUGCCUAGCGCAAUACGACGGUAUCCCAGACUUCGUUCUUAAAUAUGCCCCCAUUAUCUACCUGCACAGCGAAGACCAAUACAUGCCCUCCGCUUUUGCGACGUUACUUGAAAACUCAAAGCCCACAGUCAACUAUACACCUGUCGCUGAUGUACCUUCACCGCUGACGCUCGACAAUCUUGAUUCGCUGAAUAGCCUGGGCGGCAAGGAUGUCUUCCUUACCACGAACGAGGGUAUCAGAGCACUUCCGGAGUGGUUCAGUGGCACCAGACCUGACAAGGCUGGAAAGACUGUACACGCUGUCUCGUCCAUCAUCGUUGUGAGAGACCAUGGCGAUGGAACGAUGGUUGAUGCUUUUUAUUUUUAUUAUUACGGGUAUAACCAAGGAAAUACGGUCAUCGGAAUCCAAUUCGGCAAUCAUGUCGGGGACUGGGAACACAACAUGAUUCUUUUCGAAAAUGGCGAGCCACAGGCUGUCUGGUAUAGCCAGCAUGCGGGCGGUGAGGCAUUCACCUAUCAAGCUACGGAGAAGCAGGGUCUUCGUCCAGUCGGAUAUAGUGCGAAUGGGUCGCAUGCUGUCUACGCAACUCCUGGGACCCACGACCACACGAUCCCAGGCUUCAACCUACCAGGCGGCCUCCUUGAAGACGAAACGGACAAAGGCGUCCUAUGGGACCCGAUCCUGAGCAUGUACGCAUACAGCUACAACAACGCCACGGAGAAGUUCAAACCGUACGAUGCAAACACGCCCACGAACUAUCUGUACUUCGACGGAAGGUGGGGUGACGAACAACUUCCCGAUGAUGCGGAGGGGCAGAUAGUCCUGUUUGGACAGCGUAAUUCAAAGGACUGGUGA